AACCAUCCGCUGAACUUUCUCCUUUAUUAUUAUUAUUUCCGGGAAGAGGAGACGGUGGAGUCUCUCUCUCUCUCUCUCUCUCUCUCUCUCUUCCCACUUCACGACCAGACGAGCUCGCUUGAGCGCACUUACCCUUCAAGGGCCAAUCAAUCAAUCCAUCCUCUACCUCUUCAGAAUUCCCGAUUGGAAUUGAGCUCAGCUCGAUUUCGCGCACGCAAAAGCAACGGAAGGAGACAAAACGAAACCCAGUUAGCUUAGCUGGGAUUGAAGGAGGCGAUUGUUGCCGGCGGACAUGGCGAUGAGGGAGCUGGUGUCGGGCGGAGCCGCCUGCGCGGUGCCCGGCUCGUCCUCUUCGUCCAAUCCCCUUGCCGCCCUCGCUAACGCCUUUACCGGCUCCUCUUCCAAGACCCAGGAAAGGCUCAAGGAGGUUCCGGUUGCGACGCCCACUGGCCCCGAGCAGUUCUUCCCUCAACCCGAUGAGCAUCUCAGAGCCCUCCCCGGAUCUGAACUGGAUGGGGCGUUUUUGCCACCCAAUGCUCAGGGGUCUGCAUUCAUGCGAACCUUCCGCUCUGCAUACCAGAAUGACUUUUCAGAUGCCUGGGAUGAGGUGCAGCCGGGUCCUCUUCCUCCUGUUGCUGCUGAUAUGAGAGUUGGGCCCGUUCCUCAGUCUCCACCGACUUUAGAAGGGCCACCACAAAGAAUGUUGUCUGGCCUUCUCCACUCAUUUGUGGGCAGUAGCCAUGGAGGCAUUCCUUUUCGUCCUGCUCAACUUCCAAUGUUAGGGCUGUCUGAGGGGGAUAAGCGAUGUAUACGUGAUCGCAGUACUAUAAUGGCUCGACACUUUUUCGCAGAUAAAAGCGAAGACUUCAUCAAUGCCCAGGUGAAUGCUCUGUUACACUCUCUGGACAUUGAUAGUGAUGUCCGUGGAAGAGGGCCUCUUCCUGGGAGAUUCCGGGAGAUGGAGGAUUACUGGAAUGAGUCGCAGGGUAUGAUGAGGCCUGGGCCUCAUGUUGCUGAUGGAUGGGCCAAUGAAUUUAACCAGUUAAGAGUCAAUCAUGGGAAUCCUGAGUCUUGGGCCCACUCGUUUGAGCAGCAGCAUGGUGCUAAUGGCUGGGCUUCCGAAUUUGAGCAGGAACAUUCUCAGUUGAUGUCCACAGACCGAAUGAGAGGCACAAAUGUUCCUAAUGUAGCUGCUAUGGAGCAGACACGAAUGCUUGCUCACACAUUAGCUCAAAACAAUGACCCAAAGUUCCAGAAUUCGAAAUUUCUGCAGUUUGUGUCCAAAAUGAGCCGUGGUGAGCUUAUCUUCGAUGAUAACCAAGUAAAGCCAGCAUCAGGGGACUGGGCCUCAGAAUUUCAGCAACAGUAUAAUGCUGGUCCUUCUUGGGCUGAUGAAUAUGUUCAGCAUGAUGGGCCUGAUCAGUGGGCUAGCGAGUUUGCCACUGAAAGAGAGCAGCACCGGUCUGUUGAUGAUCAGUGGGUCAAUGAAUUCUCCAAACUGAAUGUGAAUGACUGGGCGGAUGAAUUUGGACAGCAAGUUGCUGAAGGGGCUUUUGGAGAAAGCACUGGUGAUGAUUGGGCUAAUGCCUAUGAAGAGUAUUUCAAUGAGCAAGUGGCAAUGAAGCAACGGUCAGAUUCUUCAAGAGGAGUUUAUGUGUUCUCAGACAUGAACCCUUAUGUGGGCCACCCUAAUCCAUUAAAGGAGGGUCAGGAGCUCUUCCGCAAGGGGCUUCUUAGUGAGGCGAUUCUCGCUUUGGAGGCUGAAGUGCUGAAAAAUCCCAACAAUUCUGAAGGUUGGAGGUUGCUUGGAAUAGCACAUGCUGAAAAUGAUGAUGAUCAACAGGCAAUUGCAGCAAUGAUGAAAGCUGAGGAAGCUGAUCCCACUAAUCUUGAGGUGCUUCUUGCAUUGGGUGUGAGCCAUACAAAUGAAUUGGAGCAGGCUGCUGCUUUGAGAUACUUAUAUGGCUGGCUGCAUCAUCAUCCAAAAUACAAAGCAUUAACCUCUCUGGAGACGCCCGAGUCCUUCUAUCAUGCUGAUGUUGCGAGAUUAUAUAAUGAUGCUGCAGAAAUGUCUCCCGAGGAUGCCGACGUUCACAUAGUACUCGGUGUACUCUACAAUCUAUCGCGAGAGUAUGAUAGAGCAAUUGCUUCUUUCCAAACGGCACUUAAGCUCAAGCCCCAUGAUUACUCGCUGUGGAACAAGCUAGGCGCCACACAAGCUAACAGUGUUCAGAGUGCUGAUGCGAUAUUGGCUUAUCAACGGGCCCUUGAUUUGAAGCCCAAUUACGUCCGCGCAUGGGCAAAUAUGGGCAUCAGUUAUGCGAACCAGGGCAUGUAUGAAGAUUCUAUUCGAUAUUACGUCCGUGCGCUCGCUAUGAACCCAAAGGCAGACAACGCAUGGCAAUACUUGAGAAUUUCUCUAAGCUCUGCCUCGAGACAAGACAUGCUGGAAGCUUGCGAUUCUCGGAAUCUAGAUGUUCUCCAAAAGGAAUUCCCUCUAUAAUAGGCUCGGUCGGUUCCCGGAAGGGUUGCACUACCAGAGAUGUCUCGCGCACCGAAGAUUUUUGGGACCAAACAGUUGACAAAUUUACUUUCAGUCUUGUGGGCAAAUAAUUCAGAGAGUCGAGAGUUGGGUACAAGUCGGUGGGCGAUGCAAGGAGAGGUAAUGAAGAUCGGAUUUGUCGCGUUUCAUCUGUAGGAAGGUCACUGCUUGCCCUCGGGAAACACAUCGGACAGAGUGGGGGGCUUGUAGAUGAUUAUAUGUUAUACGAGUCAUGUUCAGGCAACUAGGUGAAUUGCUCCAUAAUUUGUUCAACUCCAUGGAAUAGUUUAUUUUCCUGGGUAAGAAAUAAGGUGCAAGUAAAUUACCAAUACUACUAUCUUCAACUUGUUCCCUUCC